GGAGGGCGGGCUGGACAAGCAGAGAACAAUCGGCUCGACUUCGCCAAGGAGCCACCUCAAAGCAGAUCGGGUUACACUGAGUGACAGCGUAACCAUGGCAAAUAAUUUGACUGAGGCUAUUGUCUUAUCCUCGCCAUCCCCGGGUCAGAUAACCGACCAAUCAGAGUUCAUAUAAUCGCUUGUCUUGCCAGCUUAGAAUAAUAUUAUUAAAACGAGCCAGCGAGUCUGCUCUCCGGGAGUAGUUUUGUGUGGAAGCAGCGCAGAAAAGGUGGAGACGGUCGGAGGAAGGAGCUGCACAGUUGUGUCUUUCUCCAUAACUUCAUGAGGAAUUGUCGCCCGGGGUUCUGCAUGGCUAAGAGGACACUGAGCUGGAUGUUCCUUACUUUAUGAUCAGCUCCCACUCGCUGCUCUGCUGGGACCUUUUUUUUUUUACACUUGUGGACUUAAUGCGCUUUGGUUUUAAUCAGAGACUGAGAGAAGAGACUUGGAAGUGAGGCACAAUCUAAUCUGCACUGAUUUGCGUUGUCGCCAUGUCCAUGCUCCCGACGUUUGGUUUCACGCAGGAGCAAGUUGCGUGCGUCUGCGAAGUCCUCCAGCAAGGGGGGAACAUCGAGCGGCUGGGGCGCUUCCUCUGGUCCCUACCGGCCUGCGAGCACCUCCAUAAGAACGAGAGCGUCCUCAAGGCGAAAGCCGUGGUCGCCUUCCAUCGGGGCAACUUCCGAGAGCUCUACAAGAUCCUGGAGAGCCACCAGUUCUCUCCGCACAACCACCCGAAGCUGCAGCAGCUGUGGCUCAAGGCGCACUACAUCGAGGCGGAGAAACUGCGGGGCCGCCCGCUGGGGGCCGUGGGGAAGUAUCGAGUGCGGAGAAAGUUCCCCCUGCCCCGCUCCAUCUGGGACGGAGAGGAGACCAGCUACUGCUUCAAGGAGAAAAGCCGGAGCGUCUUGAGGGAGUGGUACACCCACAACCCGUAUCCGUCCCCACGGGAAAAGAGGGAGCUGGCCGAGGCCACGGGACUCACCACCACACAGGUCAGCAACUGGUUCAAGAACCGGCGGCAAAGAGACAGAGCGGCGGAGGCGAAGGAGAGGGAAAACAGCGAGAACUCUAACAGCAACAGUCACAACCCACUAACUUCUUCAAUGAACGGAAACAAAACUCUUUUGGGGAGCUCCGACGAUGACAAAACUCCUUCCGGGACACCGGAUCACACGUCACCGAGCCCGGCUUUGCUUCUGGGCCCGAACCCCGGCUUACCGUCCCUGCACGGCCUUGCGCCCCCGCCGGGACCCAGCGCGAUCCCGGUGCCUGGUGGCGCAGACUCUGUGCACCAUCACCACUCUGUGCACCAUGACACUAUACUGAACUCUAUGUCUUCUAACCUUGUGGACCUUGGCUCCUAGAAAAAAAAAAAAAAAAAAGGACACAAGAAGGGAGACAAAAAAACUUUUUUUCCCCUGGGGAAUUGGUGGUAAGAGCGAAGCUUCAAGCACUUGCGGUAAGAAAGACUGGAAUUCUGCUAAAGAAAAAAUAAAAAUAAAAUAAACACAGCCACCGUAACAAAUAUUCUGUAUGCCAUUGACAUUUAAAAAAAAAAAACCUUUUCCAGACACCUCUUCUUAUCUCAAAAUCUUCUUGAUUGAGGGAUUUUUUUUUUUGCUUGUAGGCCAAAAAGCACUUAACUUACAGAAACUAAUCAAGCAGGCAUCAGGUUCUCACCAAUGGCUUGAGCGCCCUUGAGGAAAGAGCUGAUAGAUUUGGGGGGAAAACUAACAAGGGAUGUAUUUCUGAAUGUAACUGCAUACUAUCUUAUAUUGUUGAAAACAAUAAGAAUAAAGUGUCUUAAUUCUGUACCGUUGUUAUUGUAGGAGACUCGGUUUCCCCUGCCUGUAUGUUUACAUUGGGGUUUUGAGCCAUAUGCAGUCUUUCUGUUUGUUUGCUUUUGUUUUUCUUUGGUAAUUCGAUUUCUUUGUUUUUAAAGGAGUUUGGACUGAUAUUUUGACGUGUCUAAUAAGAGCCGCAAUGACAUGAAGGCUUAACCUCUUGACAUUAUUAUAUGACGUCAAUGACAACAAGUAGUAUUUACAUUUUUAUUUGGAAAGAGACUGCAUGUAAGCUCUGCGAUAUCCGGAGGUACAAUGAAGCAACUCAUAUAGUUUCAUAUAAAGUUUCCAAUAAAAAAA